CUUUUCAAGUGUGUCUUGUUGAGGAGGCGGGAAAUGGCGUCCCAAGAAGCUAUGGAAAAGCUGUUCGUCGCUCUGUGACUCUCACACUGAUUACAUAUAAGAGAGACGGCCGAGGAGUUUGCUAGUGGCCGUCCCCGUUGUCGUUGUUUUAACGACCACCUCAUCUACACGCUCCCGCGACACUUGGAAUGUAAGUGCUAAAUUUUUUACAUGUGACUAUUGGGACGAUGAGGCUGAGAGUGCGAAAGGCAUCUCAGCAGUUGAACCCUAGCCCACCAGCCCGGACCACCCAGGCCAAGAGAAAACACUCAGAGGUGGAGCCCACGUUACCCUCAGGCAGAACCAGGAUGCAGAAGAGUGAUACAGGCAUCUUCUCCACCAUCAAAAGGUUUAUACGAGGAAAUGCUGUUAAGGUGGAGCAGUGCACCCCUGCCAAGAGAAGCCGCGUUGAAUGCGAUUUGGACAGUAACCUGAUCACAUCAACACCACCAACUGGAAACCUGCCCAGCAGAGCCAACCCCAGAACUCGCAGGAAAGGUCCUGUCAAUGGGGAUACCAUGACGUGUGAGAGUAAACCAGUGAAGCCCAAUGGGAAACUGGAGGUGCAGACUGGGGCACCAAGCAGCCCCCCACGCACUACUCUGUUAGGAACUAUCUUCUCCCCCGUCUUCAAUUUCUUCUCACCAGCCAACAAAAAUGUGACAUCAGGCUCGGACUCCCCAGGGCAGGCAGUGGAGGCCGAGGAGAUAGUGAAGCAGCUAGAAAUGGAGCAGCUGGAGGAGACUCCCACCAGCACCCCCACCACCACUGAUGGCAAAACCGUGCCCCCCAACCCUGUGCCCAACCCGAGGCCUUUACCUCCCGCUGACACAGCUGUAGAGGAGGGAGAGAUCUUCACCGAGGCAGACAUGCCACCUCUCACAGCUGUGGGGUCCAAUCCAGAUGGCAGUUACCCAGAUUCUCCACCGUCAGCUCCUCCAGAGGGCACAUAUGAAGAAGACUGGGAAGUCUUUGACCCGUAUUUUUUCAUUAAGCACGUGCCACCUUUGACCGAGGAACAGCUCACCCGUAAACCAGCGCUCCCACUGAAGACAAGGAGUACGCCAGAGUUCUCACUUGUUCUAGACCUUGAUGAGACGUUGGUGCACUGUAGCUUAAAUGAGCUGGAGGAUGCAGCUCUAACCUUCCCAGUGCUUUUUCAAGAUGUCAUCUACCAGGUGUAUGUGCGAUUGCGACCAUUUUUUAGGGAGUUCUUGGAACGAAUGUCUCAGAUUUAUGAGAUCAUACUCUUCACUGCCUCCAAGAAAGUUUAUGCUGAUAAGUUGCUGAACAUUUUAGAUCCGAAGAAACAGUUGGUCAGGCACAGGUUGUUCCGCGAGCACUGCGUGUGUGUCCAAGGCAACUACAUCAAAGACCUGAACAUUCUGGGGAGAGACCUGGCAAAGACGGUCAUUAUUGAUAAUUCACCGCAAGCCUUUGCCUACCAGCUUUCCAAUGGGAUUCCUAUCGAGAGCUGGUUCAUGGAUCGGAAUGACAAUGAGCUUCUGAAGCUGGUCCCUUUCUUGGAGAAGCUGGUUGAAAUGAACGAGGAUGUACGACCACACAUCAGAGAGCGGUUCCGUCUGCAUGACCUUCUGCCCCCUGACUGAGCUCUUGGGACACGGCCUAGCCUCCCAGGCCAAGCGGACUCAUGGAGGAGGGAGACAAAUUCAUAGGAAAAAAAAAAAAACUCUACAGCAAUGACACAUUUGCCUUCAUUGGCAG